AUUCCAGAUUCUUCUCACUCCCUCUCUCUCUCAAAGCCCGCUUCCAAUUUUCCCUCUCUCAGUGUCUUUCCUUAUAAGCUCUCCUCCUUCGUCAGAACAGAGCAAAAUGUAUUUCCUUUGAGAGAGAGAGAGAGAGAGAGAAAUAGGAAGAGCUGGAGAGGGGGGGAUUCAUUCUUUGGGAUUCAUUACUUUUCUCUAAGAACGAGAUAGCUAGCAAGAAUAACAAUGGUUGCUGCUUCUCCUCGCCCAAAUGGUAGUGAAAAGAAGCACUGGUGGCUUACCAACAGAAAGAUGGUGGAUAAGUACAUUAAGGAUGCUCGCAAUCUCGUAGCGACCCAAGAACAGAGCGAAGUUGCUUCAGCACUGAGCCUUCUCGAAGCGGCUCUGGCCCUCUCGCCGCGGCUUGAGAAAGCCAUGGAGCUCAAAGCCAAGGCUCUGCUACAUCUGCGGCGGUUCAAGGACGUGACCGAUAUGCUCCAAGACUACAUUCCAAGCCUCAAAAUGGCAAACGAUGACUCUGGGUCUCUCUCAUCUGAGAACUCGUCCCAGCAGUUCUCGAGGGAGCGAGUCGAGCUCCUUGGGUCCGGUAACUUGUCAUCUGACUCGCUGGGUCGGGAUCCUAGUUUCAAGUGUUUCUCUGUCUCCGACUUGAAGAAGAAAGUCAUGGCAGGGCUAUACAAAAACUGCGACAAAGAUGGGCAAUGGAGGUACUUGGUUCUGGGGCAAGCUUGUUGCCAUCUGGGGCUAAUGGAGGAUGCCAUGGCUCUCCUUCAGACUGGGAAGCGCCUCGCCACCGCCGCAUUCCGCCGCGAGAGUAUAUGCUGGUCUGAUGACAGCUUCUCCGUCUCCUCAAUCGUCACAAUCUCCACCACAACCCCUCCCACCACACCACCCCGUGAUCCCACCGAUUUAGAGAGCGUAAACCAACUCAUCAGCCACAUAAAGCUGCUCCUCCGUCGCAAAACCGCUGCGCUCGCCGCCCUCGACGCCGGCCUAUACUCUGAGGCCAUCCGACACUUCAGCAAGAUUGUCGAUGGCCGCCGUGGCGCCCCGCAAGGCUUCUUGGCCGAGUGUUACAUGCACCGGGCCUCGGCCUAUCGAUCAGCUGGUCGAAUAGCCGAGUCCAUUGCUGAUUGCAACAAGACUUUGGCACUGGAUCCGACUUGCAUUCAGGCUCUCGAUACAAGAGCGUCUCUUUUGGAGUCGAUUCGGUGCUUGCCUGACUGUCUGCACGAUCUAGAGCAUCUGAAGCUUUUGUACAACUCCAUUCUGCGUGAUAGGAAGCUCCCUGGGCCAGUUUGGAAGCGACACAACGUAAGGUACAGGGAGAUUCCUGGGAAGCUCUGUGCGCUCACGACAAAGAUUCAACUCCUGAAGCAGAGGGUUGCUUCUGGUGAAACUGGGGACGUGGAUUACUACGCUUUGAUUGGGUUGAGACGUGGGUGUUCGAGGUCCGAGUUAGAGAGAGCGCAUUUGUUGCUGUGUUUGAAGCAUAAGCCGGAUAAGGCCAUCAACUUUAUUGACAAGUGUGAGCUUGCGGAUGAUCGCGAUCUUGAUUCGCUUAAAGACCGAGCGAGGAUGUCUGCUUUGUUGCUGUACAGAUUGCUCCAAAAGGGUUACUCGAGCGUAAUGGCUACGAUUAUGGACGAGGAAGCGGCCGAGAAGCAGAGAAAGAAAGCUGCUGCUGCAAUGCAAGCGGCACAAACCCAAGCAUUGAAAUUGGAAUCGGAAACCAAUUCCUCAUCUUCCAAGAAUUCAUCAGCCGAGGUUCCUGGUUCCAAUAAAAUGACGGCGUCGACAUCUUCGUCGAAUACGUCGGUUUUCCAAGGGGUGUUUUGCCGGGACCUUGCGGUGGUUGGGAGUCUGCUUUCACAAGUUGGGUUUAACCGUCAAAUCCCAUUGAAGUACGAGGCAUUGAGCUGCUGAUUGGAUUCAUUGGUGGGUGGGUUUAGAAAAUUCAAGCUCUAUGAGAUGUUACCUGCAGGGGAAUCUCUGGUUCAUUUUUCUCUAUUUGUACAAAAAGAUAAUUUUAGAACUGCCGGAAAAUUUUGUCACCCUUCUUUAAUUUCAUUAUCCACUACUACUAUUACUACG